UCUCUCUCUCGUCAUUACAGUUUUAUGUUUUUUUCCGUGGAGAAAAUGAUGGAAGCUGAAAUUCCGGACUUUUGAAGAAUUUUAAAAAUUACUUCCGGGAGAAGAUUUCGAAACCUAAAUGGAGGAUAUGUCCAGGAAAAUACGGACCUAUGACAACCCUACUACGGUAACAUUAUCUUCUCACUGACUACAUCAGGUCUCUAUACCCCCGUUAAGCGAGAAUCAGCGUCCGAAUCCAACGACGAACCAGAACCAGGCCAAUAAGACAUAAAGGUGGGAGAGGGUGGAUGUAACAAAGGGACAUCAGAAGGCCGUCCCACACAGACAUCUCUCACCACAAUCUACAAAACAGGAGGCAGAACAGGUCAAGAACAGUCCCUUAAAACUGUACAAUAAGUCAGUGUGAGGAUUAGUGAAUACUGUAUCUUCAGGAGAAGUUUGUAAGCAUGAUUAAUGUUAAUUGUCAACUGUGUAAAUCAUAAGUUACAAAUAUGAAAGUCAAGUUAGUGAUCCUUGGAAACUGAGGAUGAAAAGAAGGUUCACACAAGUGAAUCUUUCUCCUGAAAAUAUUGCACUGUUAAAUGUUGUUUAAAUACAACAUGAUGAUUAUUGUAAUGUUUUACCUUAAACAAGACCUUGUGACUAAUGCUUGUGAUCACUGGUGAGAAAGUUCCAAUACAGUACAGUACAUAAAUGUGGCAAGUGUUUGUCUCCACUGCUUGUGUACUGUUGAGAUAAAGUUAACUUUUGGUUAAGGUUUCCUUGUGCAAGAGUAACCUCCAUAACCACCUACAUGUGGUGACUUAUGAAUAGGAACCAUUUACCUGUGACGACUGGGAUUUAUAUUGUUUCUAUACUUUGAGUAUAAUAUCUCAAUGGUCUGUCCAUUGAUGAAAUAUUAUUUUGUACAAACUUUUGUAAAUUACAGUUUGUAAAAAAUGGCUGAUUUUGUUGGUCAAAUGGCCAGACAUGAUGACGAGGGAAAGUGUCUGUGUGUAUAUUGUGGUAAUGAUGCUUUACAAACGCAUACCUAUAUGACUGAACACGCUGAUGUGAUAGAUAUUAAAUAUGAAGAAGUUGAUGAAAGCUUUGACAGUAACUGUGAAACAACACAACAUGUGGCUCUGCUUGCUGAGAAAGAUAUCAAGUGUGAAGCAUUUGAUGUAAGUUAUAACAGUAACUCUGAUGAGACACAACAUGUGACUGUUGAUGGGAAAGAUAUCAAGUGUGAAGCAUUUGAUGUAAGUUUUAACAGUAACUCUGAUGAGACACAACAUGUGACUGUUGCUGAGAAAGAUAUCAAGUGUGAAGCAUUUGAUGUAAGUUUUAACAGUAACUCUGAUGAGACACAACAUGUGACUGUUGCUCAGGAAAAUGUUAAAUGCCAAGAAAUUGGUAAAUGUUAUAACAGAGAGAAUCAGCUGAAGGAACAUAUGGUACACAUUGAGAACAAUUUGGAGUGUGGUAAAAGGAUUUAUUCACAGUACAAUCAUGUAAAUCAGCAUUUGGAUAUGCUCACUGCAGAGAAAAAAUAUAAGUGUGAAGAGUGUAGGAAAAGUUUUUCCAGAUAUGGCGAUCUGAAGAAACAUUUGCUUAUACACACUGGUGAGAAACCUUUUAAGUGCGAAGAGUGUGGUAAAAAAAUUUCCAGAAAGAGUAAUCUGAAGAAACACAGGGAUAUACACACUAAGAAAACUUCUAAGUGUGAAGAGUGUGGUAAAAGAUUUUCUAGAAAGAGCGAUCUGAGCAAACAUUUGCUUAUACACACUAAUGAGAAACAUUAUAAGUGUGAAGAGUGUGGGAAAAGUUUCUGCACAAAGAAUAGUCUGAAGAAGCAUUUGGUUGUACACACUGAUGAGAAACUUUUUAAGUGUGAAGAGUGUGGCAAAGGUUAUUAUCUAAAGAAUGAGCUGAAGGUACACAUGCUUGUACACAAAGGUGAGAAACCUUUUAAGUGUGAAGAGUGUGGUAAAGGUUUCUAUACAGAGAAGAGUCUGAAGAAGCAUUUGGUUGUACACACUGGUGAGAAACCUUUUAAGUGUGAAGAGAGUGGGAAAGGUUUCUAUGCAAAAAACAGUCUGAAGAAGCAUUUGGUUGUACACACUGGUGAGAAACCCUUUAAGUGUGAAGAGUGUGGGAAAGGUUUCUAUACAAAGAACAGUCUGAAGAAGCAUUUGGUUGUACACACUGGUGAGAAACCCUUUAAGUGUGAAGAGUGUGGGAAAGGUUUUUCCAGAAAGGAAGAUCUGAAAAAUCAUUUGCCUAGACACACGGGUGAAAAAAUUUUUAAGUGUGAAGAGUGUGGCAAAGGUUUCUAUGUAGAGAAAAGUCUGAAGAAGCAUUUGGUUGUACACACUGGUGAGAAACCCUUUAAGUGUGAAGAGUGUGGGAAAGGUUUUUCCAGAAAGGAAGAUCUGAAAAAUCAUUUGCCUAGACACACGGGUGAAAAAAUUUUUAAGUGUGAAGAGUGUGGCAAAGGUUUCUAUGUAGAGAAAAGUCUGAAGAAGCAUUUGGUUGUACACACUGGUGAGAAACCCUUUAAGUGUGAAGAGUGUGGGAAAGGUUUUUCCAGAAAGGAAGAUCUGAAAAAUCAUUUGCCUAGACACACGGGUGAAAAAAUUUUUAAGUGUGAAGAGUGUGGCAAAGGUUUCUAUGUAGAGAAAAGUCUGAAGAAGCAUUUGGUUGUACACACUGGUGAGAAACCCUUUAAGUGUGAAGAGUGUGGGAAAGGUUUUUCCAGAAAGGAAGAUCUGAAAAAUCAUUUGCCUAGACACACGGGUGAAAAAAUUUUUAAGUGUGAAGAGUGUGGGAAAGGUUUCUAUACAAAGAACAGUCUGAAGAAGCAUUUGGUUGUACACACUGGUGAGAAACCCUUUAAGUGUGAAGAGUGUGGGAAAGGUUUUUCCGGAAGGGCAGUUCUGAAAAAUCAUUUGCCUAGACACACGGGUGAAAAAAAUUUUAAGUGUGAAGAGUGUGGCAAAGGUUUCUAUGUAGAGAACAGUCUGAAGAAGCAUUUGGUUGUACACACUGGUGAGAAACCCUUUAAGUGUGAAGAGUGUGGGAAAGGUUUCUAUGUAAAGAACAGUCUGAAGGAGCAUUUGAUUGUACACACUGGUGAGAAACCUUUUAAGUGUGAAGAGUGUGGUAAAGGUUACUAUGCAAAAAACAGUCUGAAGAAGCAUUUGAUUGUACACACUGGUGAGAAACCUUUUAAGUGUGAAGAGUGUGGUAAAGGUUUCUAUGCAAAAAACAGUCUGAAGAAGCAUUUGGUUGUACACACUGGUGAGAAACCUUUUAAGUGUGAAGAGUGUGGGAAAGGUUUCUAUGCAAAAAACAGUCUGAAGAAGCAUUUGGUUGUACACACUGGUGAGAAACCCUUUAAGUGUGAAGAGUGUGGGAAAGGUUUCUAUGUAAAGAACAGUCUGAAAAGGCAUUUGGUUAGACACACUGAUUGAGAAACUUUACAAUGAGAAGAGUGGUAAAAAAAUUCCAUAAAGGAUCGUCUCAAGAGACUUAGGUGUGUGCACACUGGUGAAAAAAAUUUUAAGUGUGAAGUGUGUGAUAAAAAUUUAUUCCAGAAAGAGUGACCUGAAGCAACAUGUGUGUAUGCUGCACACUGGUUAAAAUAUUUAUUGUGAAGCGUGUGGUAAUAGCUUUUCCACAAAGAAAGUGAAGACACACAUUGUACACACUGGUGAGACAAAUUGUACUUAUGAAGAGUGUGGUAAAAGUGUUUGCUUUCAUUUUAUAUUUUGCUUUUUCCUCUUUGCCACUGAUCAGCUCGUUAGCUGCUUGGGCGGUCGGUAACGUCUCUGUUACGCACUAUUGGCAAGUACUGGGCAUACACUGGCUCUUGAAUACUGUAUAUCGGAACCUACCCCAGUGUUGGUCAAGUCUGGCCUUGAAUGAGAUCACACUCGGUGUCCUCACAACACUGGCAGAUUGCUCCAAGUGUUCAAAAUUCUCACUUCAACCUUGAGCUGUGACCCCUUGUGAGGUGGGCAUCUAACUUCUUCAGGUAUGUACAUCCAAUCAAGUAGUGCCCCCUGAGAUGUUAAUACAAUAAAUAAUAAGAAUUUUAUUUUACAUUGUUGAACUAAGCUUUUUGCUCAUACAUUGAAAUUUAGCGUAUUAUAGCAAAAAUCCAUCACAGAAAACUUUGUUAUUAUAAUAUUCUUAACCAUUAUCAAAAUACCUUUAAAACUAUCAUAAAAUUACUAAAAUUAAUUAUUAAUAUGAAAUAAGUAAAAUGAAAGAUGAAUCAUGAAAAGGAUUAAUAAUUAAUCCUGAAUACACGAGGGGAACCCUGGCCAUGUAGAGACAGAGAGGCACCGCCACCAGACAUAACAUUACGCUCUCUCAAUCACUCAUUCUAGCAUCAUAUUCUCACCCUCUUUGAGGUUAGUAUUAAUUGAAAACUACUCCAUACUAUUUGUAAGACAUCCUAGAAUUGUGAUUGAACCCGUGUUAAAGUGAAAUUGUGUUAUAAUCAUAAUAAUCGCAAGAAAACGGCUUGCCGGUGUUGUAAGCGCAAACGUCACUCAGAUGGCCAUCUUGAUAAGAAUUUAAUUAUCCUUAAUAAUCUUUAAUUACUUUUCACAUCUUUACUAAUCCUUAAAUGUUUCACCAAUAAUUUCCUUUAUAACGUCUUUGUGGGUCACCUGAUACCAGAAUUAAAUAUGUUUAAGGAAAAUUAAUCUAGAUAAACAAUUAAAAGAAUUUGAUGCAAUUUUUUCUUUAUAGUAGCCGUAUAGCGUUAAUGUUAAUCUGUUAACAGGGUAUUAGUCCGGGAAUAGAAAACCGGGUUGCAAACGCUGUCAAACCAUCAUUCAUCAAUUGGGUGUCAGUGCAGGAGUUACCGGCGACCACAGUGAUACUGUAGUGGAAAUUACGGCGACUGAUGUCUUCCCUGUGUCGCCCCUAAUCUACCUUCCGUCAUCAAUCCCCUGACUCCAAAUCACUAAUAUGUGCAGCUGAGUUUUUUGUAAAUGGUUAAUUAUAUGAAAUUCAAUGA